CCUUCAAACAACCCCCGCUUCAUGCAUUAACCGUUUAGUUUCUCCUCCUAAACUAAAAUAAUACCGUCAACAACUGCUCGGUACCAGAAAAACUUUCUGAACCUCCCUUUCAUUCUUUUACCUCUCUGUAUCUUUACAUGCCAACCGUUCAAUAAAAUUCCCCUUCAAUAUUCUACAAGUGCUUCUCCCUGACAUGACUUCCAUCAGCAAUCUACAUCGCCAUGGCUCCUUUUGUUCAAGAGCUCCAUUUCCCUCAUCUUGACAUACCUAUAACCGUUGACGGCAUCUUCCCUGUGAUGCCAGCAGCCCCUAUUCCAGUUUCCCCUGGUGAUAGCCUCUACCUCUCAAACCUCGAUGACAUGAUUGGGACACGUGUUUUCACCCCAACAGUGUACUUCUACCGAUCAAAUGGCUCUACUUCUGACCAAAAACCUGUUAUGAAAACACUGCAAGAUGCUCUUGCCAGUGUGUUAGUUCCAUAUUACCCUUUCUCGGGCAGGCUUCGAGAGACACAGAAAGGAAAGCUGGAGGUGUUUUUCGGGCCAGAACAGGGGGUUCUCAUGGUUGAAGCUCACUCAGAUAUGGCUUUAGCCAACCUGGGCAAUCUCACAGUCCCAAAUCCUGCUUGGGCACCAUUGGUGUACAGGUUUCCUGAUGAAGGCCCUUACAAAGUCAUUGACAUGCCACUGCUAAUCGCGCAAGUGACUCGCUUUAGCUGUGGUGGCUUCAGCCUUGGGCUGAGAACUUGCCAUUGCCUCUGUGAUGGGAUUGGUGCUAUGCAAUUCCUUGCUGCAUGGUCUUCUACUGCAAAGGCUGGCAUUUUGGUGACGAGCCCUAAUCCCGCUUGGGGAAGAGAAAUUUUCCGGCCACGCAAUCCCCCUACGGUGAAAUACCCACAUCUUGAGUUUAUGAGAAUUGAAGAGGGCUCAUGCCUGGAAAUGACCCUGUGGCAAAACAAGCUGGUUCAGAAGUGUUAUCGAAUUAGCCGGGACUUUCAAGCCCAGAUGAAGAAUCUGGCUCAAACACAAGGUAACUCCAACUUCACUACCUUUGAUGCUAUGGCUGCUCAUGUUUGGAGAUCUUGGGUUAAGGCACUUAAUGUCAAACCACUUGACAGCAACCUCCGGCUUACGUUUUCAGUCAACACUCGCCCGAAACUCAAAAAGGUGACCCUGGAAGACGGGUUUUAUGGCAAUGCAUUAUGCGUAGCCUGUGCCACGAGCAGGGUAUCUGAACUUGUCAAUGGUCAUCUUUCAAAAAUAGCUACACUGGUUCAUGGUGCCAGGCUAGGCAUCUCAGAGGAGUACCUGAGAUCCACCAUAGAUUAUCUUGAGCUGGAAAGGCCAAGGAGGCUGGAAUUUGGUGGAAAACUGACAAUAACACAAUGGACUAGAUUUUCAAUCUAUGAGUCUGCAGAUUUUGGGUGGGGAAGGCCUGUUUAUGCCGGUCCAAUUGACUUGAUACCAACUCCACAAGUUUGCAUGUUUCUGCCUGAAGGGGAGGCUGCAAAUUCCACUGGGACAAUGUUGCUCUGCAUCUGCUUGCCGGAGGUGGCUGCCGACGAAUUCAGAGAGUUCUUGAGCCUCAUGGAUUCAUCCGAUCUAACUGAGAUUGUUAAUGAAGCAUCAUAAGAGGUUCCCAAGUUGGAGACUUCAUCAAGAAGACAAUGCAGGGCAUAGAGUUUUUAACUCUUUUCCUUCGGCACCAAUGUGUUCCCAAAGUUGACAAUGGAAUUUGCACCUUCUCUCUGAUUUUCUUACUUCUCAAAAGACUACUAAUUUCUGGUGGU